CUGUCAUUCAAACGAGGUGAUACCAUUGUGGUCUCUCGCCAGGUGGAUGGUGGCUGGUGGGAGGGUUCAUUGAAUGGUGUAGUUGGAUGGUUCCCAAGCAAUUAUGUGAUCCCUGUUCCACCCUCUGGUGCAGCUGUGAGUGAUCGGCGUAGUGCAGAUGAUCAGUUUCUUCAUCUGCGCACAUUUCAGGACGAGAUUGUUCAACAUAUCUUGGAAGGUGAAGUACGCCAGGUGAACGAACUGACUCAACUGGUCUCAGGCGUCUUGGUACAUUUAGAACCGUUUGCUCACCUGCCGUUCUUGAGUAAGGCGAGCCAUAUGAAGGAUCUGCUGAACCAAGCGAUUCACUUACAUCAAACCUUAGCUGGGGCAUUGGACCAAAUGAAACAAUCCAAUGAGCCAAAGCGUGUGGGAAAGCUGUUUCUUGACUUCGCUUCCACAAUUAAUGCAAUUGGAUGUGAUUAUUCGAAAAUUCAUUUGUACGUCGUUACUGGCAUCGAUAAAAACGCCGAUGCUAUUGAGCGCCACAUGUCCUCAUGUGGGGUGAAAUUUCAACCAUCCCGGUGCAAACAGCAACUCUCCUUGGUUUUCGAUCGACUGGGGCGUUAUCCUUUAUUGUUGAAGGAAAUGGAACGAUAUCUUGAGAAUCCGCACAUGGAUCGGGCUGAUAUUCAACGUGCCAUGAGUGUGUACGGGGAGAUAACUGAGCGGUGUGCAAUUCUGCGGAAAUUCAAGGAGUACGAUAUUGAUAUCUUGUUAUCCACGAUAAACGGAUGGCAAGGCAUGAGUAUCGAAAAACUGGGCGAUCCGAUUCUCACCUUACGUGUCUUACUCAACACCAUCGAAUACGAUGCAACUGCAACUCAACCGGCCACUGUGGAUUCCGUGAGAGGACAGCUUUCGGUUCUCGUGAUUUUCCCCAGCUGUGUACUCCUACUCGCCCGUAACAAACAGAUGGAUGUGUACGAGUUCACGAAAAAAGUUCCCCUGAAUUGUCUCACGGUGAUUGGCUGUUUUGAAACGGAAACCGAUAUUGAUUUGCUCGUGACAGAUGUGUCAUUCGAAUCGGAACCGACUCGACCGUGCCGAAUUUCCCUGACGUGCACGGAUCAGAACGCUCGUGAUCUGCUCGUGUCCACAUUGACCGAUUUGAUCCAGUAUCAGUCCCAAAUGGAACAGACACGUCCUGAUCGCUCGUUGCAUGAGCGCAACCCGUCUGCCACCGGUGCUGUUUCACGUCAUCCGGGCAGCACGAUCACCGUGACCGAGAACAUGACGACCGCUCAGUUGUCGUUAAAUCGGGAACCAACGGAGUACUCAGGCAUACCGAGUGAGGUGAGCUGA